UAUCCCAUCUGCUCUUCGUUCCUUAAAGAUACCAUCCUCCUCAUCACUCCCCAUCAUCACCUUCGACUCCUUCACUUUCCCCAUCUCCCGUGCAGCUUGAUUCAUCCAGGCUCGCACUUCUGUUGUCUGUUGUCCUGCCCAUCUCCCUUGUCUUCCCAUCGUUGUCGACCCAGUCUGCAUCAUGAAGGGUUACGCAUUCGCCUUAUCGCUCCUCCCACUGUUGGCGGCAGGUUCGCCAGUCCUCGUCGAUACCAUCCACAACGAUGCGGCUCCUGUCAUCUCCUCUUCUAAUGCAAAGGAGAUUCCUGACUCCUACAUGGUUGUCUUCAAGAAGCAUGUGAGCGAGCGGGCCGCCACCGCCCAUCACUCCUGGGUUCAAGAGGCCCAUGUGUCACACGAGUCCCGCAAGCUGGAGCUUCGGAAACGCAGCCAAGUUCCCAUGUCGGAUGAGACUGUCUUCGAAGGGUUGAGACACACCUACAACAUCCCUGGCGGCCUUUUGGGCUAUGCUGGUCAUUUCGAUGAAGGAGUCAUCGAGUUGGUCCGAAGGCACCCGGAUGUUGAAUACAUCGAGCGUGACUCCGAGGUCCGAACGAUGAACUCUACUCCGUCGCUCGAAAAGAACGCUCCUUGGGGCCUUGCCCGUAUCUCUCACCGUGAAGCCUUGGGCUUUGGCAACUUUAACAAAUACCUCUACUCCGCGGAUGGCGGUGAGGGCGUUGACGCCUACGUCAUCGACACCGGUACCAACAUCGAGCACGUUGAUUUCGAGGGCCGAGCCAGCUGGGGCAAGACAAUCCCAAUUGGCGAUGAAGAUGUGGAUGGUAACGGGCACGGCACACACUGCUCUGGCACAAUCGCAGGCAAGAAGUUCGGCGUCGCCAAGAAGGCCAGCAUCUAUGCCGUGAAAGUUCUCAAGUCUAAUGGGUCUGGCACCAUGUCCGAUGUUGUCAAGGGCGUCGAAUGGGCUGCCAAUUCCCACGUUGGCUCCGUAAGUGCCGCAAAGAAGGGCAAGAAGAAGGGCUUCAAGGGCAGUGUUGCCAACAUGAGCUUGGGUGGCGGCAAGUCUAGAGUCCUGGAUCUUGCAGUCAACGCCGCCGUUGAUACUGGUCUUCACUUUGCCGUCGCUGCCGGAAACGACAACGCUGACUCUUGCAACUAUUCCCCUGCUGCUGCUGAGAAGGCCAUCACUGUCGGUGCUUCUACCUUGGCCGAUGAGCGUGCUUACUUCUCCAACUUCGGUACUUGCAACGACAUCUUUGCUCCUGGUCUCAACAUUCUCUCCACCUGGAUUGGCAGCAAGUACGCCACCAACAUCAUCUCCGGUACCUCGAUGGCUUCCCCUCACAUCUGCGGUCUCCUCGCCUACUUCCUGUCCCUUCAACCGUCGUCCGAUUCUGCCUAUGCCGUUGCAGAAAUCACCCCCAAGCAGAUGAAGGCGAACAUGAUCUCCAUCGCUACUGAGGGCGCCCUUUCCAACGUCCCGGCUGACACCGCCAACAUUCUCGCGUGGAACGGUGGUGGCAAGUCCAACUACACCGAGAUCAUCGGUGACGGUGGCUAUACCUUCAGCCAAUCCAGUGCUGAGUCAUAUCUCUCCGAGAAGGCCUCGGAGCUGAAGGCUGAGCUGAAGCAGAUUGCCGCCGAACUCGAGGCUCUUAUUGAGAAGUCUUAGGAGGCUACAUGAGCUGGUUCAAAUCUACCGUCCUGCAAUUCAGCCAUUCGUGGAAUGACACAGGGAUAUCGUACAGGCAUAUGGGUUUGGGGCGGGGUUAGGUGGUUUCAUCGUAGAUUUGGUCGGACUGGUAACCAUAGCUCCCCCUGUUCUCGUGGGAUGCUGGGCUCAUGUAUUUGAGAUAUAUCGGUAUUGCUGACAGACAAUCACAUCGCUUAUCAACGAAUA